CAGGCUUUCUCGUGACGUACGAGCGGGCGCGGCACUCUCAACCAAUGGCUACUCUUACCGCCCCAUAUAAUCUUCUACAGGCGACCAGUCCACUCAAACUUUGAAUAAACGUCGUUGUGAACGCACGUCGAACUACGCGAGUGAAUUUGUGCUACAGUUUUAUUUUGUGUACAUCACGGAUUUAACAAUGCAUCUUAACUCGUUACAACUGUGCACGGCUGCGUUGACGCUGGCUCUUGUAGCAGCGGUGCCCGCUUCUACGCCGCAUCACGUCUCUCGCCGGUCAUUCUUUAGCCUCGAAUGCAAAGGUGUUUUUGACGCGGCGAUUUUCGCGCGCUUAGAUCGUAUCUGUGACGACUGCUAUAACCUCUUUAGAGAACCGCAGCUCUAUACUCUAUGCAGGUCGGAUUGUUUUACCACGCUCUUUUUCAAGGGUUGUGUGGAGUCUCUGUGCCUCUCGGACGAGGUGGAGGAACUGGAUCUAAUGAUCGAUUUCAUCGGAAAACGCUAAUGCUGCCGCCUAUCAUCACAAAAUUCGCGCGCCAUCUUAUGGCGCAAAGCUGACAACAACCAUAGAGAAUCUAGAGCUGUUUCCUUCAACGAAUUAGUAACGCCAUAAGUUAUAUUGAACUAAUAAAUUAUUGAUUUACCAUUUGUUACGAUUGUUCAAAGGCUUUCCUCAAAUUAUCGCGUUUUUAAAUGAAUUACGAAAAGAUAUAUCGAGUUCCUCCAGAUUUCUAUCCUCAACAUAUUCUAGUCUUUAAAGCGACAUAAAAUUAUUUAUGUUUGCUAGUAAUUUUAAUGUUAUCAUAAUUUGUAUUUGAUAAUGUGUAUUCAAAUUUAAGAUAAUAUGUGUUUGCAAGCUACGGGAGUGAAAAGUACAUUAAAGAUGAGUUUUAUUAUGUCACCUAUUAGAUAAUGUUAAAAAAUCACAGUUGAUAAUUUUACCAAAAAUGCCGACUGAGAUUGCUUAAAAAAUAUUAAAUGUAUGACGCAUUCCAAGCACAGUAUUUUAAACAAUUACUUACGCCUUUUAUCUAAAAGAUAAUAUUUUUCUUACAUACUAACAAGUAUUAUUGCGUUAAUUAUGUUUGUUUUAUGACGGUAUUGUAUUUAUAUUGUAGAUAGUAUGUUUAGUUAGUUUUAUAGGUAUUGUGUAAUUCUGAUAGUGGCCUCAAUCUUUUAUUUUAUGACCAUCGUAGUUUUUUACUAAGCAUUGUAUUUAAUUCAUUUAGAACAGCUACUUUUUUGACGUUUGCGCCUGGCCGCUGUGCAAAAAAUCUAUUGUCUUAGCAAAAAAAUAGUAUAUGGAACAUUUUAAAUCGUUCGGAAUUCCGUAUUAUCUACGUGAAAAGAAUUAAUUGUCAGGCAGCGUCAGAAAAGUUAGCUGUAGUUUAGAUUAUAAG